AUGCGGGCUGAGCUGGUGGUGGUCUGCCUCUGGCUGACGGGGGCGGCGACUUCCUGGGCCCAGCAUGGGGGUCCGAGGCUGGAGACCUUCAGGCAGAGCAGGUCAAGAAGAGAGACUUCACGGACGGACGGUGCAGAAGGUCCCAAAACCGGAAGCCCGAUGUUCAAACGAAGCCCGGACAUGACAAAGUCUCCAAUGACAAAAUCUGAGCAGCUGCUGAGAAUAGAUGACCAUGACUUCACCAUGAGACCAGCAUUUGGAGGGCCUCCGAUCCCGGUGGGAGUCGAUGUGCAGGUGGAAAGUCUGGAUACCAUCUCGGAGGUGGACAUGGACUUCACCAUGACGCUGUACCUGCGGCACUACUGGAAAGACGAGCGCCUGGCCUUCCCCAGCACAAACAACCAGAGCAUGACCUUCGACAGCCGCCUGGUGAAGAAGAUCUGGGUGCCCGACAUGUUCUUUGUUCACUCCAAGAGGUCCUUCAUCCACGACACCACCACAGAGAACGUCAUGUUGAGAGUGUACCCCGAUGGCAACGUGCUCUACAGCCUGCGAGUGACUGUCACAGCCAUGUGUAACAUGGACCUGAGCCGGUUCCCCCUGGACACACAGACCUGCUCGCUGGAGAUAGAGAGCUACGCGUACACAGACGACGACCUCAUGCUAUACUGGAAGAAAGGGAACGAGUCGCUGGACACGGACGAACGGAUCUCUCUCUCCCAGUUCCUCAUCCAGAAGUUCCACACCACCACGAAGCUGGCCUUCUACAGCAGCACGGGCUGGUACAACCGCCUCUACAUCCACUUCACCCUGCGGCGCCACAUCUUCUUCUUCCUGCUGCAGACCUACUUCCCUGCCACCCUGAUGGUGAUGCUCUCCUGGGUGUCCUUCUGGAUCGACCGCCGCGCCGUGCCCGCCAGGGUCCCGCUAGGUAUCACCACGGUGCUCACCAUGUCCACCAUCAUCACGGGGGUCAACGCCUCCAUGCCCAGGGUCUCCUACAUCAAGGCGGUGGACAUCUACCUGUGGGUCAGCUUUGUCUUUGUCUUCCUGUCCGUCAUCGAGUACGCGGCCGUCAACUACUUGUCCACAGUGCAGGAGAGGAAGGAGAGGAAGCUGAGGGAGAGGCUGCCCUGUACCUGUGAGAUCGGCCAGCCCGACGACAUGGCCGUGGACCCCCAGAUCUCGGGCUACGGCACCAUGGACUUCAACAUGACCGGGAACUACGGCAUGCCGGAGAACGGGGGGCGCCCGGACAGGAUGCUGGCCCAGGUGGCCCUGAACCCCCAGGCCCGACCCAGAGCCAACGUCAACAUCUGGAUCGACACGCACGCCAUCGACAAGUACUCCCGCGUCCUCUUCCCUGGCGCCUACGUGCUCUUCAACAUCAUCUACUGGUCCAUCUACUCAUAGCCGUGGACACCGGAGCCUAUGAGUGUGUGUGUGUGGUGACCGGGACAUGGAGAGGGUCUACAUGUGGACUCUGAGCUGCAGGAUGGUCGUUUGACAGGGAGAGGGUCUAGUUUGACAGGGAGAGGGUCUAACUGUUGACUCUGGACUGCAGGGAAGUGGGAGAGGGUCUACAUGUUGAGAGCCAGAGAAACAGCCCACUGGGCUGGGCGAUGGUUUGGUUUGGUCGCUGACUUGUGCUUCAUUAUUAUGAGUGUGAAGGCUAAAUUAAAGGGGUGCUGGGGUUCACAUUCCACCUCCAACGUUCACUGACCAGAUAUAGGCGUCUGUAGGCUUUGUUGCUGUCCUUAAUCAUAGUGUUGCAUACGGGUGUAGAACAAUCAACAGCUUGUGGUUUCCCAAUGUAAAGAACGUCAGCUCUCGAUCCUUCAAUGGAACAAAAAGGACCUUGAACUGAAAUAUUCAUCAUGUAAAAUAUUCCCAUCAUAUUUGGUCUGAUUCAAUACCUUUUAAAUAUAGAGAAUAGACCAUCUGCUAAAGCCAAUAAGAUCCAGAAGGACCACCUCUGGGAGCCAGGCUCUUUAAAGGAUCACUGCUGUAGUUUGAACCUGGCGUGUUCCAGAAAGCCCUACAAACCAUCUAGGUCAGGACAUACUGUGCUAUUGGAUGAAUAUCUCUGAAUACAUGAAUGUUCCGAAUGUGGACACAAAUAUGGACACCUGUGUCUUCGUGAACUCGGCCAGUGAUGUUCAGAGGACGUUUUGGAGCAGGGAUGUUCAGCCCCUGGUCCACCAACAUUCAGGAUGAGGAACGCAGCAUUGAUACCUCCAGCAGACAUGUUGUCCACUCAAAUGCCAAUUUAAAAAUAUAUAGAUAGAUGACAAUAUCCUCAUCUGUUUUUCAUGAUCUUGAUUAAGUCAUAUUUAAAAAUAUAUAUUUUAUAUUUUGUUUUAAAGUACUGCAGUUUAAUGGUGUGUAUGUUCUGAUUAUCUAUCAAUGUGAAUAUGUUUUUCUACAACUGAAGCUGUUAAGGUGAGGAUGAGAUUUGUCGUAAAGUUCAGCUGAUUUUAGGAUUAUUAAAAUGGCAUUUAACUGCAUGCUCUGGUUGAUGCCUGGAAGCUAGCCCUUAUGUCUGCCAACUUCCAAGGCCACGUCAACAACCAAAUAAUAUAUUAAAUCACGCAACUCAACUUGUUUCAUGUGAAGAUUUUUAAUAAAUUAUGUUUUAUGAGGUA